AUGGAUCAGGCAAUGACGAGCGUGAGCAAGCAAGGCGUGAAGGGUCUGAGAAGAUCCACAAGAAGCAAGACACAGGCGAUAUUCAUGGAUGCAGUACAUGAAGAGUGUGCAACCGGAGCAGCGGAUAUGCCUAUAAUAGAAAAAUGCGGCAAGAGUGAGAUAGUUGCAAGCACAGGCAUUGUAAAUGGCCACGAUGUGCUCACUGCAGAAAAAAGAAUGUUUUCAUUCAAUUCAUUGAUUCAGAUGUUCAGUGGUAUGGAAAAAUGCAUUCAUAGCGAAGGAGUGGGGAGUGUACAGAAACAUGAAGAUAUACCUGGAAUAUUGGCUAAUGGAUGUGUCAAGCAUUUAUUGCGUGUGCUUGAGGACAGUGCAUGCAAGGACAGAGUGAAUGGAGAGCAAGCUCCUGUGCAAAUGAAAUGA